UAGCCAUCUGUUCAGCAAUAUAACUCUGAAAUUCCCCCUCAUCCUUUGCAAUAUCAACCAAAGGUACCGGGCAACUGUAUCAAAAAAAAAGAAAGAGGACAAUCAUGAAAGUUGCAGUAGUGUUAUUCUCGGUAUUUUUCGCCGCAUUCACCGUCGACGCUGCCGUUUAUUUUAAAGAGCAAUUUCUCGAUGGAGAUGCUUGGAAGAGUCGCUGGGCUGAAUCCAAACACAAAUCAGAUUAUGGACAAUGGAAGCUGACUGCGGGGAAUUUCUAUGGGGAUGCAGAAAAGGACAAAGGUCUGCAGACGAGCCAGGACGCCCGCUUCUAUGCCCUCUCCGCCCGCUUUGAGCCCUUCAGCAACGAGGGCAAGACUGUGGUGAUCCAGUUCACCGUCAAGCACGAGCAGAAGAUCGACUGCGGGGGUGGCUACGUCAAGGUCUUCCCCGCCGACCUGGACCAGGCCGAGAUGCACGGAGAGUCCAAGUACUACAUCAUGUUCGGGCCUGAUAUCUGUGGAUACAGCACCAAGAAGGUCCAUGUGAUCUUCAACUACAAAGGCACAAACCACCUCAUCAAGAAGGACAUCAAGUGCAAGGACGAUGAGCUGACUCAUCUCUACACCCUGAUCCUGAGGCCAGACCAGACAUACGAGGUGAAGAUCGACAAUGCAAAGGUGGAGUCCGGCUCCCUGGAGGAGGACUGGGACUUCCUGCCACCCAAGAAGAUCAAGGACCCCGAGGCCAAGAAGCCCGAGGACUGGGACGACAAGGCCAAAAUCGACGACCCCGAUGACACCAAGCCAGAGGACUGGGACAAGCCAGAGAACAUUCCAGAUCCUGAUGCCAAGAAACCUGACGACUGGGACGAGGACAUGGAUGGAGAGUGGGAGCCACCCAUGAUUCCCAACCCAGAGUACAAGGGAGAGUGGAAACCGAAACAGAUCGACAACCCCAACUACAAAGGCGUCUGGGUCCACCCCGAGAUCGACAACCCUGAGUACCAGGCCGACUCCGCCAUCUACAAGUUCGACAACAUCGGCGUGUUGGGCCUGGACCUGUGGCAGGUCAAGUCUGGCACCAUCUUUGACAACUUCCUGAUCACAGACGAUGAGAAGGCAGCGGAGGAGUUUGGGAAGGAGACUUGGGGAGUCACCAAGGACCCGGAAAAGAAAAUGAAGGAGGCAGCGGAGGAGAAGAAGAGAAAGGAGGAAGAGGAGAAAAACAAGGAGCAGGACACAGAGGGAGGGGAUGAGGACGAGGAAGAGGAGGAGGAAGAGGAAGAGGAGGACACCACCGACGAGCCCACAGCAGCUGAGGAGGAGGACGAGGAAGACGAGGAGAGGGAAGAAAUGCCUAAAAAAGAUGAGCUGUGAUGUGGCCCAGACAGCGGGUGUCUCUGUCCCCCAGUCUGUCCUGCUCAGGGAGACCACAGCCUUGCAUCCUUACCCCAGAGGGAUGCACAUCUAUAAAAGUCCCCUCCUUGACCCCCUGUUUACUGGGGGAAGGGAGGUGGUGUUGUCAGUCAUGGCAGGUUUUUAUUAAUUCUCACACAGUCCCUA